GGGAACUACUCCAACUACCGCGGCCACUGCAAGUGUCACCAUGGCAACUACUCCAACUACCCCAGCCACUGCAAGUUUCACCAUGGCAACUACUCCAACUACAUCGGCCACUGCAAGUAUGACCAGGGCAACUACUCCAACUACCCGGGCCACUGCAAGUAUCACCAUGGCAACUACUCCAACUACCCCGGCCACUGCAAGUAUCACCAUGGGAACUACUCCAACUACCCCGGCCACUGCAAGUAUCACCAUGGCAACUACACCAACUAUCCUAGCCACUGCAAGUGUCACCAUGGCAACUACUCUGACUACCCUGGCAACUGCAAGUAUGACCAGGGCAACUACUCCAAAUACCUUGGCAACUGCAAGUAUCACCAUGGCAGCUACUCCAACUACCCCGGCCACUGCAAAUAUCACCAUGGCAACUGCUCCAACUACCCUGGCCACAGCAAGUAUCACUAUGGGAACUACCACGACUAACUCGCCUACUGGUGCUCCAUCAGCUACUACUGCACGGGCGUCGUCAACAGCAACGGACACAGCGAUCUCUCCUUCACAAAGCGUAAUGGCUACACCCACCGCAUCAUCAGAGACGACAAUGUCUUCAACAGCCACCAUGUUCUCAUGGCCUUCCGUGGCAAAUUCUUCUGGGAACAGCAAGAUGUGUCCGUGUUUGAUGUGCGCUGAAACACAAACUGUGACCGAGAUACGGCGUAUCAUAGACGCCAUUCUCCUGCUCCUGAAGUUAGACAAAUCCAAGCUGUCAGCCACCAGAAGGAAGCGGGAGUCAGCGCCGGACGACAGACCCUCAGCACAGGCCAUUGGCUACUCGGGAAUAAUCUUCAUCGUCAUCACAUUCAGUUUCUUUGUCCUGAGUGAUUUAAUACGACUCUGUCAGUUUCUCUCCGGCAACAAUCAAAACCACAAUUACAGAUCAAGAACAAUGCCUGAGGAGUGAGUGAGUAUGGUUUUACGCCGCGUUUAGCAAUAUUCCAGCAAUAUCACAGCAGGGGACACCAGAAAUAGGCUUCACUCGUACCCAUGCGGGGAAUCGAACCCGGUUAUUAGGCAUGACGAGUGGACGCUUUAACCACCAGGCUACCCCACCGCAUCUUAAGUCACACUAUCUUGUGUAUGAGUUCCCGAGCACAUAAAUAUAUUAAGUAUCGUGAAAAAAAAGUAAAUGAAAAAAAGCAAUAUGACAGUAAAGGUUUGGAAACUUUUGGUAUCGUGUCCUAAUACGUAGAGCGUAUGUUAGAAAUGCGUUUGUUAUACAGGGGUAAAUUUCACAACAAAUUUGUAUGUUACCAGCAGGGCUUGCUCCUUUUCAAAGUUACUGGCCCUUCUCCAAACCACCAAAACUAAAUGGUGGUGGCCGCGAAGUGGCCGAACCUAACGUCGUGUAGCCACCUAGCAGGGAUCUGAAAAAUGUUGAACUCCUCAUCCCUAAAACGUUUUUUCCAGAAAUCUGAGAUUAAAUCUUGGUUCCAUUUGCCUCAUUUCAUGGCGAUUAAUGAACAAAAUAAAGUUGUGUACGCAACAUUACAAAAUGGCGUCCGAGGUGAUCCAACUAAAAAACUUAAACAUACACGGAGAAGGGGUGAAAUGUUGACUUGCCAUCUACUUAACGUUCCAGCAAGCCCUUGUAAUUUUAACUGGCCACAUAGCAGUGAAAUCGGCCCUGUUAUAUCUAUUUCAGUGUGACGUUACUUGUACUGUCAACCAUUAGUUUCCUCUUGGCCUUUGCUGAUGAC